CGAUCACACUCUCUUUUCUUUUCCCCUUCUUCGGCCCUCCACAACUCCAACCAACCUUCCCCCCUUCUCUUUUCAUUUUCCCCCCCUUCCCCAAACCCUAACCGCUCAUAUUCCCCCCUACCCUGCCAUUUCUCCUUCUCCGAUCUCCCGCAAAACCCUAAGCAAUUGGCUUCCAUGGAUUCCCAGCAGAGCAACCUCUACGAGACGGCUUCGCAGCCGGACACGGGGACCGACGCCUACACGUUCCUGGAAUUCAACACCCAGGGCGAAUCCGAGUUUGACUACCCGGAAUUCCGCUCCCCGGUCGCCUGGCCCACCCCUUCCGACUCCCUCGCCGCGACGGCUUCCUCCUCGUCCGCGGUGGCUGACCCCGUCGUCGUUGACCACCGAGGCGCAGCGACGGCAGCAGCAUCCUCGUCGUCGUCCGAUCACCACCAUUCCGAUUCCCAAGCCGCGUCCCCUGUGGCAUCAUCAGCUGCGAAGGCAGCUGCGCGCGGCGGCCACGGAGUGGACGGCGUGGUGGCUGGAAUGGGAGGGCUGAAUUUCGAGGAGACUGGUGACGAAGACGCAUACGAGUUCGGGAAGGGGGAUUUCACCGAGCAUGCCUGCCGAUAUUGCGGUGUUUCCAACCCUGCUUGCGUAGUGAGGUGCAAUGUACCGUCGUGUAGGAAGUGGUUUUGUAAUUCGAGAGGGAAUACGUCGGGUUCUCAUAUCGUCAAUCACCUGGUUCGAGCAAAACACAAGGAAGUCUGUCUCCAUAAAGACAGUCCUUUGGGAGAAACUAUUCUUGAAUGCUACAACUGUGGAUGUCGCAAUGUGUUCCUUCUUGGUUUUAUAUCAGCCAAGACAGAGAGCGUCGUCGUUCUCCUCUGUAGAGAGCCAUGCUUGAAUGUUAACGCUUUGAAGGACAUGAAUUGGGACCUCAGCCAGUGGUGUCCCCUGAUUGAUGACAGGUGCUUCCUUCAGUGGCUAGUUAAGAUUCCUUCUGAGCAAGAGCAGUUGCGGGCACGCCAGAUUAGUGCACAGCAAAUAAAUAAGAUAGAAGAACUCUGGAAAAGCAAUCCUGAUGCCGCCCUUGAAGAUCUUGAGAAACCUGGUGUUGAUGAUGAACCCCAGCCAGUAGCUCUGAAGUAUGAAGAUGCAUACCAGUACCAAAAUGUAUUUGCCCCACUUAUUAAGCUUGAAGCUGACUACGAUAAGAUGAUGAAGGAGUCACAGAGCAAGGAUAAUCUCACUGUUCGAUGGGAUAUAGGGCUUAACAAGAAGCGUGUAGCUUAUUUUGUUUUCCCAAAGGAGGACAAUGAGUUGCGUCUUGUGCCUGGUGAUGAACUAAGGCUGCGUUACUCUGGAGAUGCGGCUCAUCCAGCCUGGCAGUCUGUUGGGCAUGUGAUAAAGCUAACUGCACAAGAGGAAGUGGCUCUUGAGCUUCGUGCUAGUCAGGGUGUUCCUAUUGAUGUGAACCAUGGUCUUAGUGUUGAUUUUGUGUGGAAGAGUACAAGUUUUGAUCGAAUGCAGGGUGCAAUGAAGACAUUUGCUGUGGAUGAAACAAGUGUCAGCGGGUACAUAUACCAUCAUUUGUUGGGACAUGAGGUUGAAAAUCAUAUGGUUCGCAACGCAAUGCCGCGGCGGUUUGGUGCGCCUGGGCUUCCAGAACUGAAUGCAUCCCAGGUAUAUGCCGUGAAGAAUGUCCUCCAGCGGCCUAUUAGUUUGAUUCAAGGUCCUCCCGGCACUGGAAAAACUGUUACUUCUGCUGCAAUUGUCUAUCAUAUGGCCAAACAAGGCCAGGGGCAGGUGUUGGUAUGUGCACCAAGUAAUGUGGCUGUAGACCAACUAGCGGAGAAGAUAAGUGCCACUGGCUUGAAGGUUGUUCGCAUUUGUGCCAAGUCGAGGGAAGCUGUUAGCUCUCCUGUUGAGCACCUGACUCUUCACUAUCAGGUUAGACAUCUUGAUACUUCCGAAAAGAGUGAACUUCACAAGUUGCAACAGCUAAAAGAUGAACAAGGUGAGCUUUCCAGCAGUGAUGAGAAGAAGUACAAGGCUCUGAAGCGAGCUACAGAGAGGGAGAUAUCUCAGAGUGCUGAUGUCAUAUGUUGCACGUGUGUUGGUGCUGGAGACCCUCGACUUGCAAAUUUUAGGUUCCGCCAGGUACUUAUUGACGAGUCCACUCAAUCGACUGAACCUGAGUGCCUAAUUCCUUUAGUUCUUGGGGCAAAGCAGGUUAUACUUGUUGGCGACCACUGUCAACUUGGUCCUGUUAUUAUGUGCAAGAAAGCAGCUCGAGCUGGACUGGCACAGUCUCUAUUUGAACGCCUCGUCUUACUUGGAGUAAAACCAAUUAGGCUGCAGGUUCAAUAUCGAAUGCACCCGGCUCUUUCAGAGUUCCCAUCUAACAGCUUUUAUGAAGGCACCCUGCAAAAUGGGGUUACUGUAAAUGAGAGGCAAACAACAGGCAUUGAUUUCCCCUGGCCUGUGCCUAAUCGUCCCAUGUUCUUUUAUGUCCAGAUGGGGCAAGAGGAGAUAAGUGCUAGUGGAACCUCCUAUCUGAAUCGUACAGAGGCUGCAAAUGUUGAGAAGAUCGUAACUACUUUCUUGAGAAGUGGUGUAAUCCCUAGUCAGAUUGGGGUGAUAACACCAUAUGAAGGCCAGAGGGCAUAUAUUGUGAACUAUAUGUCCAGAAAUGGUGCUCUUAGGCAGCAGCUUUACAAGGAAAUUGAGGUUGCUAGUGUUGAUUCAUUUCAAGGCAGGGAAAAGGAUUAUAUAAUUUUAUCUUGCGUUAGGAGCAAUGAACACCAGGGUAUUGGGUUUCUUAAUGAUCCUAGGAGGCUUAAUGUAGCUCUUACUCGUGCACGAUACGGCAUCGUGAUACUGGGCAACCCAAAAGUCCUUAGCAAACAGCCGUUGUGGAAUGGUUUGUUGACACACUACAAGGAACAUGAAUGUUUGGUUGAGGGACCUCUUAAUAACCUGAAGCAGAGUAUGGUUCAGUUUCAGAAACCUAAAAAGAUAUAUAACGACAGAAGACUUUUCUUUGGGGCUGGACCUGGAGUGUUGCCCAAUGAUGGUCUGGGAUCUGGUGUAUCCAGUGUUCCAAAUGCUGACAGAAGAAGCGGGCGUGCCAGAGGUGGGCCAGCUAAUGGUGCUCACAAGCCUGGUGUGCAUCCAAAUGGAUUUCCAGUGCCACGAGUCCCCAUGCCAACAUUCCAUGGCCCGCCGCCUCCGCAACCAUAUGCGAUCCCAUCACGUGGUGCUGUGCACGGACCUGUUGGAGCUGUUCCUCAUGUACCUGCACCAGGAAGUCGUGGUUUUGGGGCUGGGCGUGGAAGUACCACUGCUCCUAUUGGUAGUCAUCUUGCACACCAGACCAAUCAGCAGGCAGUUGGGAAUAUUGGACCGAACUUUAACUUCCCUGGUUUGGAGAAUCCCAACAGCCAGCCUUCUGUUGGUGGCCCAUUAUCUCAACCUGGAUUUGUGAACAAUAUGCCAGUUCAAGGGGCAAGCCAGUCGUUUCGUGAUGGUUUUUCAAUGAGUGGAAUGUCUCAGGAUUUCUUAGGUGACGACUUUAAAAGCCAGGGAUCACAUGUGCCUUACAAUGUUACAGACUUCUCCACCCAGGCUUCCCAAAGUGGGUAUGCUGUUGAUUAUGUUACACAAGGAGGACAAGCUGGAUAUCCUGGCAAUUUUCUGAAUCAGAAUUCACAAGCUGGAUAUUCUCGUUUUGGUUCUGGAAAUGACUUCAUGUCUCAGGACUACAUGGGUCAUGCAACACAAGGGCUGUUCACUCAGGUCGGCAUGAAUGAUCCCUCGCAGGAUGAAGCGUCACAAAGCCAUUUCAAUAUGGCUAAUCCAAAUUCACUUCAGUCUCAGGGUUAUAUGAACUCGCUCUACUCCCAGCCCUUCGGCCACUACAACACUCAGCCACCCAAUUUACAGGCACCACAACAACAGCAGCCCCAUCAGGGGCAGGGGUCCCAGAACCAGAAAAUUCACUACAACGGUUGAGAGAGGUCAGAAAGGCAGUGAUUUUUGUUGGCUGUGAUGGGUUCUAUUGUCUUUGCAAUCCAGCAACUUGGUUCGUGCUGCCGUGUUUGACCCCUCCUAUUAUAAUCCUGCCCAGAGGCGCAAGAUGUUUGCCGGUUUGUCAUGGUCAGUCGAAAAGCCCAAGAGAUGAUGAGAAUAAGUUGUAGUAAGAAGGAUGGUCUGGUACAGCUUGGGCUAAUGGGGCUAUACAAAGCAGACAGGGUCGGCACAUCCAAGGCGCGAAUGGUCGAUUGGAAAGAUGAGAUAUAACCCCUUUUGUCGGCCUGCAUGGAAAGAGUAAUGUUUAGGAUUUUAUCCAUCUAAGGGAGCAUUACAAGGGCAUGGAUUUGUUCGGAAGGGUUUGGCUGGACAUACUUUGAUUGCAAAAUGGAACUAGUAAACUACAAUACACACCGGAAAUCUCGAUGACACAGGAGAGGAGCUGAAGAAAAUAUUCUUACAUAUGCACUUAGCAGAAAUGCGAAAGGCGGUCUGUGUACAGAAUGACUAGAGAAGUUUGAUCACGUCAACCCUUUUGGCCUAUCCUGACAUGUAAUUAGACUCUUUACUCUUUAGCAUAUAUUAUAAGUCGCCUGGGAAGGUUGAGGUAUGAUUGUUUUCUUACCAUCGAUGUAGUUCUGGUGUAAGUUUUUGAUAGUAGAUCUUGGCAUUUGGUUUGAGUACCACUGUUUCCCUAUAUGAUUUUUGUGGUUUGAGUCCCACUGUUUCCCUAUUUGAAGAGAGGAAGGACUGAGAAUUGUACCAUCAGAGAUUGCUGAGAGAAGAAUGUCUGAAUUGGGUGGCUCGGCAUAUGUAUCGGUUUAUCUACGGGUCGUUUGGGGUGUCCAACGGUUUGUUCAUUAUUGUUUCGGAUCAAAUUGAUGUUUGAAUUGGAACAUCCCGAACUGAAUACGAUGCACUCUGGUCUAGGUCUUGUUAUUUUGCAAAUGGACCUUUGGAUGUACC